ACGUAUGGUGGUCGUGUAUAAUAGAGCAGAGAUAGUGAGGAUAUUCGCAGACCCUCAAAAUGGAGAUGAAUCGAGAAGGAGCCCUGGCGAGUGUACUGCUGGGUUUACUACAAUGUUGUCUGGCCUCUGCUGCUGUGGAGAUCCAGGCCUCCCCUCACCCUGCGGAGGUCGGGGCCACGCUGAUACUGUCUCUGUCUCCUCCACCAAGCAUGAAGAGAGGGACCUGGACGGUGGGAGGCUCCCUCAUCCUCAACUGGGAAGGGCCCCAGGAGGCGGUGGUCCCCAGUUACAGCGGCAGGGCCACAGUCAACGUCCUCACUGGAACUCUGACUCUGAGCUCCGUCAGGGUGGCUGACUCAGGUGUCUACGUGGUGCAGAGCACUGACCCCCAGCUUCAGGCCAGCGCUUCCAUCUCUGUUUAUGAACCCAUUUCAAAUGUAGCGCUGAAGGCAAAUCAAACCGACUUCAUUGAGUUCAACACUUCAGCAGUCGCUUCGUGCUCUGUCUCCUCCGGAUCCUCGCUCUCCUUCCUCUGGAUGAACGGCAGCUCCGAGGUCACGGCCAGCGACAGAGUUCAGCUCACCGACGGAAACUCCUCUCUCACUGUCGUCAACGUGAGCCGCUAUGACCCGGGACCAUUCAGGUGUCGCGUGUCCAAUCCCGUCAGUAACGGCACCAGUGAUCCAGUCAGUUUUACCAUCAUCUACGGCCCAGACAACAUGGCUCUCACAGUGAAUGGAUCCCUUUCAGUUGGAUCCAAUCUGACCAUGCGCUGCUCCGCUCAGUCCAACCCUCCGGCUCAGCUCCACUGGGCUUUCAAAGGAGAUUCUUUGAACGCAACCGGUCCACUGCUGGAGCUGUACGGCGUCACCGAGGAUCAAAGUGGUCCCUACUCCUGUGUGGCCUUUAACAAUCACACCAACAUGAACAGCAGCAUCGACUCACUCGUCACAAUAACAAAGUCAGGAUCUCAACCACAGGCCGCCGAUGUGUGGCUCCUCUCUCUGCUGUUAUCGGUGGGAAUCCUCUUCUCGUUGCAUGAUGUUGCUGUUCCUUCAAUCCAUGGACGACUUUGAUGCAGUGAAAUAAAUUUGACAAUGCAAACUUUUAUGUAAACAAGCAAUAAAGCAUUCAAAACCACUGUGUAUGUGUGUGUGUGUGUGUGUGUGUGUGAGUGUGUGUGUGUGUGUGUGUGUGUGUGUAUGUGUGUGUGUUUGUCUGCGUGUGUGAGUGGUUGAGUUCACGGACAAGUUAAUUGAGGAUAACCUGUGUCCUCUCUUUGGGAUCAGUGGCAAAGGUUAAAAGUUUGAGCUUGCCUGAUUGAAGUGUCACAAAUUCUAUUAAUACUGCAUUGUAAGUUAAUGUAAUAUUCAUCAGAUCAUUCCCCUCCAUGUUGUGUUGUUCACAAUGCCCUGUGGUUGAUAACAUAAAAGUGAUUA